GGACAGCCGGAUGCGAAGGGAUCGAGUGCAGGUGCGCGUCGAUCUUUUUCAAGCUCAAAUGCCAGCUGCUGCUCGAGCGUAUAUGGAAUGGGCUGCGAAGGAUGGAGGAAAUUGGGCAGAGGCUAGUCAAACCUGCUCGGACGCUACAGAUGGAGACCAAAUUGGGCGUAGAGCUGUUCGAGUGGUUGAUAUGUUUUGUACGUUGCUACAUUGAAUUCUCACUCUUUCACAAUGACAGAUGCUAUCCACACAGGUACCUAUACAUACGAGUGUUGUAUUGAAGCCGAAGACACGAACCUACUGUCUUCCUUUAUCCGUCAAGGUCUUCUGCCAUGUGCGCCGUCUCAACCCUCUGUCGCCAUCACAAUCCGCACCAUGGAAGCGUAUCGAACCAUGUUCAUGCGAAGCCCCCAUUUUACGAUACAGCCGUUUGUGAAGGCUCUGUGCGAUAUCCACGGCAUACCGUUUCGCUCAUAUCUCACUCAACAGUUCUCUAUCUGCUUCGACCUAUUUUUCGCAAUCCUAGCUGAUGUCCGUGCCCUCGUUGAGCAGAAGCUGGAAAGGCAUUCCGAAACAUGGCGGCUACAAAAUGCAUGUCCGUGCUGCACGUAUCGACUAGAAGGCGAGAAAGAGCUCAACUACUCGAUGCUCUUUACGAUGGACGGAAACGAUUCGCUCAAACGCAUAGCACGACGCAAUGCGGGUGAGCAAGGCCAGUUGGGAGCUUCAAAAGAAAGACUUGACAGCCGAGAAGGAGGAGGCGGCUACUUUCUCUCAAGGGAGGAGGUGGAUGAGUGGUCAAAGGGGAUGUUGGAAGAAAUCCUGGCUGCCAGUGACGAGGGUACUGGGGGCAAUGAAGUAAACCCAUGCGCCGACAGGUGGAAAAAUAUGAUGCAGGAGAUGGUGGCAAGAAUGUGGGGGAUCUUCGACGAGACGGGGGUGUUUCUUUCAUUGUGUAGGCAUGGGUUUGUUCUCUUGGCCUGCGAUAUGGUCAGGAGCGGCGAGCUAGCAAAAUAUCCCCUUGCUAUGGUCAGCAGACUUCUCGAUGUGCUCGGAAAGAAUCUCGGCGGUGCCUACGAUAUUGGCUGCAAGUUCCAGUCGACUCUCAACAAGAGCACUAUAGGCGAGAAGGCACGUCGCCUUGGAUUCAAAACUCUCGUUGGACUUUUCCAUGGCCACGCACAUAACCGUCGCUGUCAGCUCAAGAAUCUUCUGACAUAUGUGGAGUCGGUUGGCUUAGAAGACCUUGAGGGUUGUGAGCGUUUCUUCUCCAGAUCAAAUGCGCUGGCGCCUGCGGUUCGACAUGCCAGUAUAUUCCACCGACGGCAGGCAAUUUCAGAGUUCUGUCGACAUCUCGAUGCCUUUGACACCCUUCAGAGCUUGUCCGACUUCCUCUGCAAUAAUUAUUACCAAGCGCUCGAUAUUCUAGAUGGUGAAUCAGCCUGGAUCAGCUCAAUGAGGAGCUUCGUCGGCAAACAUGAAGCCGACGCUGAGGAGCUGAGGAAGCUGUGUGAAGAUUGGAGAAAAGAAGAGCAGGAAUACCUCGAAGGACUGACGAAGACGCCAGAAGUUGAGACCUUGCAGAUGGAGUACCUAAAGACUCUACGGCGUCUUGUCAAGACACAGGAGAACCUCAAUCUCGCCAGAGAUAUGUUCGUCAAUGAAACGCCCGAUACGAUUCUCAACUAUGGUACAAAUACAGCCAAUACUAAUGCAAGAGAAGCUCAACGUCGACACCUUUGGGAGCUCCAUCAGCUAGCUUUGGAAGACACUCAAGUACUGGAGAAACGCCUAGAAAUUCGGGAGCGUUGGAUACCCUCGUCAGUAGAAUGGAAGGACGCCGAGAAGUUGGUUGACAAUAUGGAGUACCAGCAGGCGUUGGAUCGGUUGGAAGGUCUUAUUGUGUCAAGGCUCUUUGAGCUAAAGGGAAUGAACAAGGCUGGCCAAGGCUACAAACUUCGUCAACAUGUUGGCAAGGCCCUCAAAUCACGCUCCCAUGCAAUACAGAAUGCUGUAGACCGCUACAACAAAGCUGCAGUCAAGAGAGGCCGACCGGAACUCGACUUCCAGACUGUCGUGGACUACACCUUCCUUGCUGAGUUUGACCUACUUCGUGAAGGCAGGAAGGACAUUCGGGACCAAGCAUGGGCUGUCCCUGCAGCGCGUAAUCUCAUGGACCAGUACUACAAGAUUGAACGUGCACGAGAAGAGAAGGAACGCCUCGACAUCGAAAUACAGCGGCUCGUGACAUGGAUGCAAGAUGAAGAGGCUUACCUGUUAGCCAAGGAACGGGAGGUAACAGAUCCAGCACUUUCGUACCAGAUCCAGCGCUACAGAGCCCGCCGUACUCGAUUCAACAACAUUCACUUCAAGAAGCUCGCAAAACUUUUGAAGCAGGACGGUUGUACAGCGACAUUUGUAGCAGGAGUCGGGACUUUGAGCUUGUGGAGACAGGGCAGUAAAAUGGCAGAGGGAACCGAGCAGGAAGACGAGGAGGAACUGGUGGAAGAAGACAUUCAGGAGGAGGAACAGGUCACCUCAACUUACGAUGAUCUUGUACUUAUAGAGGGACUGGCAGCACUGGGCAGUUAGAUGUAGCAAUGUAUUAUAUUCUAUCCAAUUUAUGGAGGUUUUUAAAC